GGUAAAGCGGCAAAUAUAACUGACUGUCCAACGUUGCUCUGCAGCUUGCUGAGCUUCUCCUGUUUAGAGGCGCGUCCGAAGUGAGGUCUUGCCGCAAAAGUGGUCGCCGGCGGGUUGCUUCCUUGGAAUCGUUUCUGGUGGCGAGUAGAGAGUAGUGUUGCCUCUCUGACUCUGAGACCGUAGUGUCCGCUCGAUCAAUGUCGGUAAUUUGCAGCGGAUGUCCGACGGUAGGGUUUCAUGGUGUUUAUCGGUGAGGGAAUCGUUAUACUCUUCUUCUAAUCGCUCAUUGUCUUUGCUCUUCUACGCUUAUCUAGAUUUUGCGGAGACCCGUUCUGUCGCUUGCUGCAAUAUUUUGAUCGAUAUCAUCGAAACCUAAGAAUCUGCAAUUUAUUUGUUUCGUGAGCCCUAAUUCUGACGGCUUUAAGAUACACGAGUUGUGGUUACGUCUUUUGUUCUUCUUAUAUAGGAAUUGUGGGUGAUCCAUUCAAGAAAUCUGUAGAAGUUAUGGGAACGUGGGUAAUUGUGGUGCGAUUUUUAUAUACGAUCUGUUUGUUGGGUUCUUUGACAGUAACAAGAGUCGGUGGAUGGUUAGGGUUUUUCUAAUGAUCAGGCCAGUUAGGGUUUGAGUGCAGCCAUGUUCGUGUGCUCGUUGAUGAUAUAACCUUGCAAGUCCUUGGGGUAUACAUUUAAGUAGAGAAGGUCGAGUGUUUUCCUGACUAUGAUAUAUAUUACAUGAGUGGGGCGGUCCAUUUUGUGUUUUUGUCGCUUGGAGGUGAAAUCAUUUCUCUAGUAUAACUCCUUAUGUCCCUUCUCUAUUGCCUAGAAAUUUUUUAUCUGGAUGGAAAAUCUCAGAGUUGCGCCUUAAUUUGCUUAUGAGUGCACUAGCUGCGAUAACUAUCUUUUGCUGUACUAGCCUAAUACCUAAUAUUGUUGUUGGUUGAUGUGCCUGGUUGUGCCUAUUCGGUUGUUUCCGUUGUCAUCUGGUUGCCCUAUAUUUCCGCACAUAUUAAAUUGUUUCAUUCAAGUUCUGCCAGUUGUAAUAGAUAAAGUGAAUCUGAACUCUGCAAUGUUCAUUCAAUCAGUUGCCUCCUCGUGUUACGUUGUAGUCUGGUGACCCGUAUAUGUUGCCAUCUUGGUCUAAGUUGAAGCGAUGGUUUAGCAACUAUAGUUACCUUUCUGCUCUAUCUUUUUCUGAAUGGAGUCCUAGAUGGGAGCUUUGGAAUGGUUAAUAGAAACUAAGUACAAGCAUGGGUUGGAGACCAUGUUUGAGAAAGAAAGCUAUUCCGAAAGUUGUGUCCCAUUUUUCCUAUAAUUGAAAUUGUCCCUAACCAUUCCAGCUGCCCUUCUGCUCUAUCAUAUUCAGUGAAUGUCUUAACUAGAGUCCUAGAUGGGAACUUUGGAAUGAUUAAAUACUGACUGGGAAAGUACAUGGAUUGGUGGCCAUGUUUGAGUAACAAUGUUGUGUGUCCGAAAUGCCAGCCUUUAUUUAAUCAUUCCAGUUGCCCUUCUGCUCUAGUUGUGUCCCAUUGUUCCUAUAAUUGAAGUUGUCCCUAACUAUUCCAACUGCCUUUCUACUCCAUCCUAUUCAGUAAAUGCUUUAACAAGAGUCCUAGAUGGGAACUUUGGAAUGAUCAAAUAUUGACUGUGAAAAUACAUGAAUUGGUGGCCAUGUUUAAGUAACAAUGUUGUAUGUCCGAAAUGCCAGCAAUUAUUUAAUCAUUCCAGUUUCCCUUCUGCUCUAUCCCGUGAAUACAAAGUCCUAGAAGGUAACUUUGGAGUUAGUGAUUCCAACUGAAUAUACAUGGACUGGUGACCAUGUUGUUGCUCUAAAUGUUGUGUCCCUCUGCUCUAUCUUGUGAAGAAAAAGGUCAUACAUGGAUUGGUAGUCAUGUUGUUGCUCUGAAUCUUGUGUCCCUUUGUGUGUUAUUUUGAGAUAAUGUUUGUUAACUAAAAAUAACUAGUAUGAAUCCUAGAGGGGGGAACUUUUCAAUGAUUACUAUGAAAUUACUGUCCAUUAUGUCGGGUUGCGUGUUAUUCUGUUGCAUAUCUUCUGCUGGGUUAUUCAACUGUUAAUGUUUCCAAGUCUGACACGGAAUUAUGGCUGGAAUGUGGUCGAAUCUAUGGAGGAAUUGGCUCGACUGCAUUUGUUUGACUUGGCCUUAUUAAGGAGACUACCUACCAUGUCAAAGCUGGGGGAACGUGUGCAUUAUAGAGAUAUUACGGAGACCUGUUCUGUCCCUUGAUGCAAAUUUAUGUUUGAUAUCGUUGGAACCACUUGUUUGGCUAAAAGGAUUCAGAAUCUGCAAUUUGCUUGCUUUGUGAGCUCUAAUUCUGAUGUCUUUAAGAUGCACGAGUUGUGGCUCCGUCUUUUUUCUUCGGAUACAGAAAUUGUGGGUGUUCUAUUUAGGGAAUCUCUAAAAGUUAUGGGAACACGGGUAAUUGGUUGUGCGAUUUUCAUGUACGGUCUGUUUGUUGAGUUCUUUGACAGUAACAAAAGUUGGUGGUUAGGAUUUUUCUAUUGAUCAAGCCAGUUAGGAUUAGAGUGCAGCCAUGUUUGUGCGCUCGUUGAUGAUAUAAUAUAACCUUGCAAGUCUUUUGGGUAUACAUUUACGUAGAGAAAGUUAGAAGGCAGUCAAAUGUUUAUUGACUAUUAUAAAUUACAUGUCCAUGUUGUCGUUUCGCCUCUUGGAGGUGAAAUCCUUUAUAUGGUAUAAUCCCUAAAGACUCUUCUCUGUUGCCUAGACUCUUAUAAUCCGAAUGGAAAAUCUCAUAGUUGCACCUUAAUUUGCUUAGCGACACACUAGUUGCCAUAACUUGUGGAUGAGUAUCUUUUGAUGUACUAGAUUAAUACCUGAUAUUGUUGUUGGUUUAUAAUGCUUGAUUAUGCAUGUUCGGUUGUUUCCGUUGCCACAUGGUUGCCCUAUAUUUCUGCUCAUAUUAAAUUGUUUCAUUCAAGUUCUACCAAUUGUAAUAGAUAGAGUGAAUCUGAACUCUGCAAUGUUCAUUCAAUCAGUUGCCUCCUCGUGUUACGUUGUAGUCUGGUGACCCACAAAUAUUUGUUACCGUCUUGGUCUAAGUUGAAGCGAUGGUUAAGCGACUAUAGUUACCUUUCUGCUCUAUCUUUUUAUGAAUGGAGUCCUAGAUGGGAGCUUUGGAAUGGUUAAUAGAAACUAAGUACAUGCAUGGAUUGGAGGCCAUGUUUGAAAAAGAAAGUUGUUCCAAAAGCUGUGCCCCAUUUUUCCUAUAAUUGAAGUUGUCCCUAACCAUUCCAGCUGCCCUUCUGCUCUAUCCUACGCAGUGAAUGCCUUAACUAGUCAUAGAUGUGAACUUCGGGAUGAUUAAAUAUUAGUUGAGAAAGUACAUUGAUUGGUGGCCAUGUUUGAGUAACAAUGUUGUAUGUCCGAAAUGCCAGCAAUUAUUUAAUCAUUCCAGUUGCCCUUCUGCUCUAGUUGUGUCCCAUUCUUCCUAUAAUUGAAGUUGCCCCUAACCAUUCCAACUGCCUUUCUGCUCCAUCCUAUCCAGUGAAUGCCUUAACUAGAGUCCUAGAUGGGAACUUUGGAAUGAUUAAAUAUUGACUGAGAAAAUACAUGAAUUGGUGGCCAUGUUUGAGUAACAAUGUUGUAUGUCCGAAUUGCCAGCAAUUAUCUAAUCACUCCAAUUGCCCUUCUGCUCUAUCCUGUGAAACCAAGUCUUAUAUAGUCCUAGAAGUUACUUUGGAUUUAGUGAUUCCAACUGAAUAUACAUGGACUGGUGACCAUGUUGUUGCUCUAAAUAUUGUGUCCCUCUGCUCAAUCUUGUGAAGAAAAAGGUCAUAAAUAGGGUCCUAGAAAGGGUACUUUGGAGCAAGUGAUACUAACCAAGAUAUACAUGGACUGGUGGUCAUGUUGUUGCUCUGAAUUUUGUGUCCCUCUGCGUGUUAUUUUGAAAUAAUCAUGAUUGUUUGUUAACUGAAAAGAACUAGUAGAAAUCCUAGAGGGGUGAACUUUUUCAAUUAUUACUAUGGAAAUACUGUCCAUUAUGUCAGGUUGCGUGUUAUUGUGCUACAUAUCUUCUGCUGGAUUAUUCAACUGUUAAUGUUUCCAAGUCUGACACAUUACAGCUAGAAUGUGCUCAAAUCUAUGGAAUAAUUGGCUCGACUGCAUUUGUUUGACUUGGCCUUAAUAAGGAGACUACCUUCCCUUUCAAAGUUGGGAAUGUGUGCAUUUGUUUUACAUGCAUUUGAAGCGAAGAAGUCUUUAGAAUCUUCAAGCAUUAUGCUGCAGAGAGUCCAUGGAGAGUACUUUGAUGUUGCUACUAUUAGAAAAUGUCCAAACCCAAGUGAAGUGGAGCAUUUUAGUUCCCUUUUUUGAAGCCAUGAGAUUGCUUGUCCAGUUUUCAACUAUUCUUAUCGCUAUACAUGUUUGAGUGCACUUCUUCUUUUGAAAGUUGAAAGAAAUUCUAUUCUCUAUCCUGAAAUCGAUGAUCACAGGUUUAAUGUUACCUUAUCUCUUGAACUGUCUAAUGAUCAUCAUAUUAUGCUUAUCAUCCACCGCAAGAUUGCCCUGGUAUUGGGACAAUGGGUUUCUGAGGUAGCUACUGUUCAACUACACAUCUGUAGUUGUUCUCUCCUUAGAAACAUCAAACAGUGAUGCAUCUCUUAUCUUAUUCAUAUGGUGCAUCCCGUGUACCAUGUGGAUUUUUGGCCUGACCAUAAUCACCUGUGACAUUAUGACAUGCUACCUUGUUACAGCAGUUGAACUGAAGGGACAAGUUGAUACUUUUGAAAUCAAUAAUGUAUAGAUACGUUUCUGGUUAGCAUUGGAGGAAUUUACCACCUUAUGCUACAAAGUUUGUGCCAACAUGUUGGGAAACUCGUAUAGUUUGGGAAUUUGGAAUCGUUGAUGAAUUCGUGUUAUACUUGGAUGCACUAAUGUAUUCCCACUUACUUGCAGAUUAAGGAUGACACAAAAAGACCUGUGUAUUGUGGAUUAAUCAGAGAUUGCUGCAAGCCAAGCACCUGUCGGCCAAAGUAUGGUUCUUCAGAUCUCUGUGAUAUCCAUCUACUCUACACCCCUGUACCUGAAUGUUCAAAAAGUUCUUUCCAGAUUUCUUGUAUUGCUUGGAUGUUGUUUGAUACUGAUUUCUUCAUUCAUGGAUUUAGCUAGCAGCUUGUCGGUCUCUGAUCGCAUAUCGAAGAUGCCAACUUCUCUGAGCAUGAAUUUCAGGAUCUCCUUCCUGUUUGCUGGGAUUCCUGUUUUAAGUUGUUUGAUGAGGUUCAAGAAUUAGUUUCGAAGGUAAAAUGCUUCUUCUAAUGAGCGUGUUUGUGUUUUGCUAUGCGAAAUGGCUCCUUUGGUUUGUCCAGCUGAUCAUCUGCAUAUGUGAUUUUGUUUCAACUAGUCAUCCUUUUAUGUAAGCAUACUUCAGUUUGGAAGAGUUGUGGCAAUGCAAGAUUUUUACUUUAUGGAAUUAUGAUGAUUUGUUAGAUCUAUAAGGUUAAUUAUGUUAUGCGUAUAUUAAAAAAUUCAAUAAGAUGUAACAUUCCUGUCUAUUGGUUCCUUUUGCAAUUUUCAUAAGAAGCGACCUCCUAGUCCUCUUGUUGGUGAUUUCAUGAUUGCUUAGAUGUAUGGAACUGUUAAACUCCAUUCGUCUGUAGUUACUAAAUACUACUUGGUCUACUGAUAUAUCUCUAUCAUCGCUCUGGAUAUCAGGUGGACAAUGCAUCUUCCAACCAGAUUCGGGCUUGUGCUUUCAAUACUUUUGACUCUAAGGUUGCAUCAGGUCCUUGAUAAGCUUGAUCUUAUUCUGAGUGUGUGCACAAGCAUUAUACAGGGAGGUACCGAUGAAGAUUCCAGUAGCGAUAAUAUGAGUUCCAGCAAGUCCGAAAUGAGAUCUUGCCACCAAAGGGGUACCCGACGGGUUGCUUCCUUGGAAUCAUUUUUAGUGGCAAGUAGAGAGUAGUGGUGCCAAUUUGACUCUGAGACAGUGUCUCUGCUCGAUCAGUGUUGGUAUUUUGCAGUGGAUGUCUGACGGUAGGGUUUCAUGGUGUUUAUCGGUGAGGGAAUCGUUAUACUCUUCUUCUAAUUGCUCCUUGUCUUUGCUCUUCUACGCAUAUGCUUACCUAGAUUUUGCGGAGACCCGUUCUGUCGCUUGAUGCAAAAUUUUGUUCGAUAUCAUUGAAACCAUUUGUUUGGCUAAAAGGAUUCAGAAUCUGCGAUUUAUUUGCUUCGUGGGCUCUAAUUAUGACGGCUUUAAGAUACACGAGUUCUGGCUGCAUCUUUUUCCUCCUGAUACAGAAAUUGUGGGUGAUCCAUUCAAGAAAUCUGCUAAAGUUAUGGGAACAGGGGUAAUUGGUGGUGUGAUUUUCAUAUACGGUCUGUUUGUUGGUUUCUUCGACAGUAACAAAGUCGGUGGUUAGGGUUUUUCUAUUGAUCAGGCCAGUUAGGGUUUGAGUGCAACCAUGUUCGUGCGCUCGUUGAUGAUAUAACCUUGCAAGUCUUUUGGGUAUAUGUUUACGUAGAGAAGGCUAGAAGGCAGCCAAAUGUUUCAUGACUGUGAUAAAUUACAUGUCCAUGCUGUCGUUUCGUCUCUUGGAGCUGAAAUCCUUUAUAUGGUAUAAUUCCUAAAGUCCUUUCUCUGUUGCCUAGACUUUUUUAAUCCGGAUGGAAAAUCUCAGAGUUGCGCCUUAAUUUGCUUAUCGGCGCACUAGUUGCCACUUGCCAUAAGUUGUGGAUGAGUAUGUUUUGUUGUACUAGACUAAUACUUGAUAUUGUUGUUGGUUUAUAAUGCUUGAUUAUGCAUGUUCGGUUGUUUUCGUAGCCACCUGGUUGCCCUACUUUCCUGCACAUAUUAAAUUGCUUCAUUCAAGUUCUGCCAUCCUUUUCGAAUGGAGUCCUAGUAGGGAGCUUUGGCAUGACUAAUAGAAACCAAGUACAAGCAUGAAGUGGUGGUCGUGUUUGAGAAAGAAAGUUGGUCCAAAAGUUGUGUUCCAUUGUUCCUAGAUUCAAGUUGUCCCUAACCAUUCCAAAUGCCCUUCUGCUCCAUCCUAUUCAGUGAAUGCCUUAACUAGUCCUAGAUGGCAACUUUGGAAUGAUUAAAUAUUGACUGAUAAAAUACUUGGAUUGGUGGCCAUGUUUGAGUAAUAAUGUUUGAGAAAAAUUAGCCAGCUAAUGAGGGAAUCGUUAUACUGUUCGUCUUAUUGCUCAUUGUCUUUGCUCUUCUAUGCAUAUGCUUAUCCAGAUUUUGCGAAGGCCCAUUUUGUCGCUUGAGAAAAAUUCCCUUUGAUAUUGUUGAAACCAGUUUUGUGGGUAAAAGGAUUCAGAAUCUACGAUUUAUUUGCUUCGUGAACCAUAAUUCCGACGACUUUAAGAUACACGAGUUGUGGAUUUGUCUAAUACAUAAACUAUGGUUCACUGUCAUAUUAUAAACAUCAGAGCAGGUUCCUUUCAUCUGGUUCGUCAGAAUUCACUGGUGAUGUGGCCAUGAAAGCUUAUGUUGGAUCUUUGAUCGAUCAAAGCCAUUCCUUUCAUCUGGUUGCAUGUGGGAAGCACACAAGGAAAUACAGGAUUUUUAUGGAA